AGGGGGGUGUGACUCUAGUACAGGAUUGGGAGGUGGGUGGUCAUGUUUCCUGCACUGAGCAUGUGCAGGAAAGUUGGAAGUUUCAACUUUUUUGGGUCUGGAAAGAGAAUUUCCUCCUCAUACAUCUAAGGGGCACAGAGCAGGAGGAAGCACAGCUCGCAAGAAGGUAGCCAGUCACGGAGAGUUAUCCCGACUGCGUUCCCGGUCAAGGAGCACAAUGCGGCUUUUCCAGGUGCCAGGACUUAUUCUAGCUGUAUUGUUGGGAGCUGCCCAAUCUCAGGAGCCAAAUUUCAGCCAUGGCUGUGGAGAAGGCAGCUGCUACCCAGCCACCGGUGACCUGCUGAUUGGACGUGCAGAGCAACUUGAUGUAUCCUCCACAUGUGGUAUCCAGAAACCAGAGUCUUUCUGUAUUGUUAGCCAUCUCCAGGAUGAAAAGAAAUGCUUUAUAUGUGACUCCCGAUUGCCUUAUAAUGCUGAAGACAAUACGGAGAGUCAUCGCAUUGAAAAUGUGGUCACUACUUUUGAUCCAAAUCGUCUUAAUCUGUGGUGGCAGUCUGAAAAUGGCCUGGAAAAUGUCACCAUUCAGCUGGAUCUUGAAGCGGAAUUCCAUUUCACUCAUCUCAUCAUGACCUUUAAGACUUUCCGCCCAGCUGCAAUGUUAAUUGAGAGGUCAUCUGAUUUUGGUAAAACAUGGAAUGUCUACCGAUAUUUUGCUUAUGAUUGCGAGUCUUCAUUUCCUGGGAUUUCUGCUGGACCAAUGAAAAAAGUAGAUGAUAUCGUCUGUGACUCCCGCUACUCUGACAUUGAACCUUCAACUGAGGGAGAGGUCAUUUUUCGUGUCUUAGAUCCAGCGUUUCGAAUUGAUGAUCCAUACAGCACCAGAAUUAAAAGUUUGUUGAGGAUCACAAAUCUGAGAAUUAAGUUCUUGAGGCUCCACACUUUGGGCGACAACCUGUUGGAUUCAAGAGUUGAAAUAAAAGAAAAAUAUUACUAUGCCAUCUAUGACAUGGUGGUUCGUGGAAACUGCUUCUGCUAUGGACAUGCUAGUGAAUGUGCCCCAGUGAAAGGCUAUCCUGACAAUGUGGAAGGAAUGGUGCACGGUCGCUGUGUUUGCCGACAUCACACAAAAGGCUUGAAUUGUGAGCAGUGCCUGGACUUUUACCACGAUUUGCCUUGGAGACCAGCUGAAGGCCGAAGCAGCAAUGCUUGUAAAAGAUGUAAUUGUAAUGAGCACUCUGUGCACUGUCAUUUUGAUAUGGCUGUAUACAUGUCAACUGGCAAUAGCAGUGGGGGAGUGUGUGAUGACUGCCAACAUAACACAAUGGGACGGAACUGUGAGCAGUGCAAACCAUUCUUCUAUCAGCACCCAGACAAAGACAUCCGUGACCCAAACAUCUGUCAACCUUGUAAUUGUGAACCAGCUGGUUCCCAAAAUGGCGGCAUAUGUGACAGCUAUUCUGACUUCUCGAUUGGCUUCAUUGCUGGCCAGUGUCGUUGCAAGAUAAAUGUGGAAGGAGAACGCUGUGAUCGGUGCAAGGAAGGACACUAUGACUUGAAUGCAGAAGAUCCAGAUGGAUGCCAGCCUUGUGGAUGCCACCCUCUGGGGACUAUUCCUGGUGGGGAUUCCUGUGACUCCCGAGAUGGCAACUGUUACUGCAAACGUUUUGUGACCGGAAAGAAAUGCGAUCAGUGCAUGAAUGAGUUUUGGGGCUUAAGCAACGAUUUGGAUGGCUGUCGGCCUUGUGACUGUGACCGUGGGGCUUCACUGGAUAAUAACUGUUCUCCUGAAUCCGGCCAGUGUCGCUGUAGGCCACACAUGAUUGGACGUCGGUGCGAUGAGGUGGAAUCUGGAUUCUAUUUUAUCUCUUUGGAUCAUUACAUCUAUGAAGCUGAGGAUGCCGAUUUUGGUCCUGGUGUAAGAACGAUUGAGCGGCUGCAUCCUCAGGAUCGUGAGCCUUCCUGGACAGGACCUGGGUUUGCCAUAGUCCCAGAAGGAGCAUACUUAGAGUUCCACAUCAAUAACAUCCCAACAUCGAUGGAGUAUGAUGUUUUAAUUCGUUAUGAACCACAGCUUCCAGAACAAUGGGAAGAAGCAGUGAUAACAGUUAUACGUCCAGGGAAAAUCUCCACAAGCAGUAGAUGUGGUAACACUAUCCCCAGUGAUGACAACCAGAAUGUAGCAUUACCACCAGGAUCCCGGUAUAUUGUGCUCCCUCGACCUGUAUGCUUUGAGAAAGGACUUAAUUACACUAUCCGAUUGGAGCUGCCACGGUAUUCUGUUAACUCUAAUGUGGAAAAUCCUUAUACAUUAAUUGAUUCUAUUGUUUUGCUGCCUCAUGUGAAUUCCCUGGACUUAUUCAAUGUUGGAGGCUCUGGGGAAGAUGUCAGUAAUGCCUGGCAGACGUUCCAAAGAUAUAGAUGUACAGAGAAUAGCCAGAGUGUUGCGAAGACUCCCCUCACUGAUGUCUGCAAAGAAUUCCUCCUAAGUAUUUCUGCAGUGCUACAUGAAGGGGGCCUGGAAUGUCAUUGCGACCCUCAAGGUUCCCUGAGUGCUUUAUGUGACCCUGAUGGCGGGCAGUGCCAGUGUCGGCCAAAUGUGGUUGGAAGAAACUGUGAUAAAUGUGCCCCCGGGACUUAUGGAUUUGGACCUAGCGGAUGCAGACCCUGUGAGUGCAAUUUGAAAGGAUCUUCUCACUCCUUCUGUCACACUGAAACUGGCCAGUGUCCUUGCAUUCAUGGUGCAUACGGUCGUCAAUGUGAUGUUUGCUUGCCCGGCUACUGGGGAUUUCCUAACUGUCAGCAGUGCCAGUGUAACGGACACACAGAUCAAUGCAAUGCACUUACUGGAGAAUGCACAGGCUGUAAAGACCACACUGAUGGCUACAGCUGUGAAAGGUGUUUGGAUGGCUAUUAUGGAGAUCCCAGACUAGGUUCAGGUGAUCACUGCAGGCCUUGCCCAUGCCCUGAUGGACCUGGGAGUGGACGCCAGUUUGCCAGUGGAUGUUACAAAGAUCCCACAACUGAGCAUGUUGUAUGUUUAUGUAACAAAGGCUAUACAGGCAUCCGGUGUGACACAUGUGCUUCCGGGUAUUUUGGAAACCCAGAAGAGUUUGGUGGAGUCUGCCAGCCAUGUAACUGCAACAAUAACAUCGAUAUGUCUGAUCCCCUUGCUUGUGAUAAACAGAGUGGAGUAUGUCUGAAUUGUCUGCAUCACACAGAGGGCGAAAACUGCCAUCAGUGUCAGCUGGGUUACUAUGGCAAUGCUAUUCAUCAGGAUUGUAAAAAGUGUGUCUGUAAUUACCUGGGUACUGAGCAAGAUCACUGCAAAGUAGAUGUUAGUUGUAACUGUAACAGGACCACUGGCCAGUGUCCAUGCUUGAACAAUGUUAUUGGACAGAGCUGUGACCACUGUGCACCAAACACCUGGAAUUUGGCAAGUGGAAGUGGCUGUGAGCCAUGUGGUUGUGAUGCAGGUCGUACUCUGGGGCCAUCUUGUAAUGAGUUCACUGGGCAGUGUCAUUGCAUGCCUGGCUUUGGUGGGAGGAAUUGUAGUGAAUGCCAGGAACUCUUCUGGGGUAAUCCGGAUGUCGAAUGCACAGCCUGUGAUUGUGAUUCGAGAGGUAUUCAGACCCCUCAGUGUGAUCGAUCCACUGGACACUGCGUUUGUAAUGAAGGCGUAGAGGGAGUGCGGUGUGAUAAAUGUGCCCGUGGUUAUUCUGGCAUUUUCCCAAAUUGUGCACCUUGUCAUAAGUGUUUUGCCUUAUGGGAUGUGAUCAUCCAAGAGCUGUCCAACAGGACAAACAAACUCCUAAACCGCACCAAUGCCUUGAAAAUCACUGGAGUUGUUGGACCAUACCAGAAAACCAUUGGCAAAGUUCAGGAAAAGCUAGAGGAAGUCAGGAGCAUCAUCUCCCAGAAUCCUGCUGCUCAGCGACUCAAAGACAUUGAUCAUCAUUUUGAAGAGGCAGAGAAACUUAAAUCAGAGGUUUGGGAGAAAGUGACAGAAGUGGAGCAGAAGCUGGCAGAGAUCAACCUCAAUGGCUCCGCCACAGUGGCAGCUUUGCAGGAAGAUGCCGAUGGUAUCAGUAAAGCACUGAAAGAGCUCGGAGAACAACUAGAGUACAUGAAGAUUUCUAAUGUUAGAGGUGCCAUGGACAGCAUCAAUAAAUAUUUCCAGAUGUCAUCGGAUGCAGAAGAAAAGGUCAACGCCUCUGCUAUAAACCCAGAUAGCAUUCUUGAACAUUCAGCCACUACACGCAGGGAAGUGGAAGACCUCAUAGAUGAAAGACGGUCUGCUUUCAAGGAAGGGCAAGAAGAGCAAUCACGGCUUUUGGAUGAGCUUGCUGGCGAGGUCCAGAAUUUGGAUCUUUCAUCUCUGUCUGAAAUGACUUGUGGAACAACAUUUGGAGAAACAUGUGAAGAUGCACCAUGUGGCGGACCUGGUUGCUUGACAGGAGAUGGCAAGAGGAAAUGUGGAGGAGAUGGUUGUGAUGGUUUGGUGACGGUGGCAAAUACUGUCUGGAAAACUGCUACAAAAUUUGACAAAGAGAUUCUGAGUGCAAUGUCUGAAGUGGAGGAACUCUCUAAAUUAGUUGCUGAGUCAAAGUUGAGAGCAGAGGAAGCAAAGCAGAAUGCCCAAAUUGUUCUGAACAAAGCAAACGCAACAAGAGAAAAAGUGGACAAAAGCAAUGAGGAUCUAAGAAAUCUCAUCAAACAAAUCAGGGACUUUUUAAUGCAGGAUGGAGCAGACCUUGAUAGUAUAGAAGCCGUUGCCAAUGAGGUUUUGAAAAUGGAGAUGCCCACCACACCUGAGCAGUUACAGGCUCUCACUGAGGAUAUACGUGAGCGUGUGGAAAGUCUUUCUGAUGUGGAAACCAUCCUUGAGCAAAGUGCUGGAGAUAUAGCCAGGGCAGAGUCUCUCUUAGAUGAAGCCAAAAAAUCCAGGAAGAGUGCGUCAGAUAUCAAGGAAACAGCCGAUAUGGUAAUGGAAGCGCUAAAGGAAGCAGGCAGAGCCCAAAGUGCAGCUGGAGAAGCCAUUAAGCAGGCAGAUGAUAACAUAAAAGGAACAAAUAACCUACUCACCUCCAUUGAAUCAGAAGCAGCAGUUUCAGAAGAAACAUUAAAUAAUGCAACCCAACGUAUUGCCCAAUUAGAAAAAAGUCUUGGCGAUCUAAUAAAGAAGUCCACAGCCAACUCCGAGAGUCUACAGUCAGUUGAAAAGUCUGUUAAAGAUGUGAAAGCAAAUGCUGAUGGAGUGAAAAAGGUUCUGGACAAUGAACUUAAUAAUAAAUAUAAGAAAGUUGAAGACUUGAUAGCAAAAAAAGCUGAAGAUUCUGCAGAGGCCAGAAAUAAAGCAGAACAGCUUCAAAAGGAAGCUAAAGCCUUGUUAACGAAAGCAAACAAGAAAUUAGGAUUGCUUAAAGAUUUAGAGAAAACAUAUGAAGAUAACCAAAGGAUUUUAGAAGAAAAAGCAAGACAGCUGGUGGCCCUUGAGGAAACAGUUCAGUCAAUUCUAAAAGCAAUCAGUGAGAAAGCAGCAGUAUACAGCACAUGUUUGUAGCCUGAAUCCUGAAAAUAGGAACCUGGUUAGGACCAAAUUUUUUUAAAUAUAAUUUAUUUGAUUUUAAAUGAACCCCAAAUGAACACAUUUUAUUACGGUCUAUUUUAUUAAAUAAAAUAUGAAUACCAGUAAUAAAUAACUCUUCAAACUAAUGCAGUGUUUCCAAGGCUUCAGUUUUCUAUAUUCCAAAAUAAUGUUUUGCCUUCCAGUAAUGAUGGAGUAAGUUGCCCUCACUAAAUCAGUACCUGUAUUUACUUACAAAUGUAGCCCUUCGUAACAAGUUGCUGUAGUUUAGAUAUAUUCUUCCAGUACAGGCUGAUAUUCUAUACUUUGUAGGUAAUAUUGUGGGACUCUUGUGUCCAUUACAGCAAGAAGCUGUUUCAAGCACACAUUGGAAGUAGCCAUGUCCAUUCUAUCUAUGCACUAAGAAUUAGAAACCUCACGGUGGGCCGGAUGUACUAAGCGGAAAAUGCGGUAAACUCCCUGUUUACCGCAUUUUCCUGAUGUACUAACACCCGGCCGGCAGGUCAGCGCCGCGGCGGGGUACGCCAGCUUUAGCUGGCGAUAGUCCAUAGAAGCCUAUGGGCUUCUCUCCGCGGCGCUGUGUGAGGGAUCCGAUCGGAUCCCUCCCAGCAUGCCCUGCGGCCACCCCCGUCACCCCGCGCAUGCGCAGACUGACUCCCGGGCCGAAUCCCGGAAGUCAGGCUGCCGCUGUGCAUUGCGGAGGUCAGCUCUUAUCGGAAGAGCUGUCCUCCGCAAUGCUGAUCGCAUAUGUUAGUACAUAUGCGAUCAGCAUCGUGGCGCAGGGCGGCGAUGGGCGGCGAUGUACAUUAGUACAUCCCGCCCUGUGGCACAAAGUGCCUUGUUCUGCAUUGACGCUAGUACUUGGUGAAUUGCUGGACUGCAUUGCAGAGAAUAUUUGUUUAGCCACAAAAAUAGCUGCUUCCAUUUGUAUGCUAUAGAACAGUGAUGGCUAACCUUGACACUCCAGCUGUUGUUGAACUACAUAUCCCAGCAUGCCCUGCUACAGGUUUGUUAUUUGGCCAUGCUAAAACUGAUGCAGGGCAUGCUGGGAUGUGUAGUUCAACAACAGCUGGAGUGUCAAGAUUAGCCAUCACUGCUAUUGAAGCACUUCAGUAUUUGUACAAUGAAGUAUGUUGCGGGAUGGUUCAUCCUUAUAUAACCUUCAUGGAAUCACAUGGACUUCAUGUUUUAUGUACUUUCCCAUUUUCUGUUUGAAGCAGAAAAUUAGGACUCAUUAAAUGCAUGUUACCUGAGCUAAUAUAACACGAAUUUACACAAAUAGGUUUGUGACACUUAUACCGAAUGCAAACCUGUUUGUAUUCACACUCCUCUUGACUAUUAUAAUAAAGCACAAAAGAAUUACAACCAUAAAAA